AAAAACAACCCAAAAUUUGUGAGAUCUCUCUUUUUUUUCUUCCUCUUUUUUCGGUGUGUGUAUAUGUCGGUUGUUUGUUGAGUAUCAACAUGUUAUGCUGUGCAUAUCUAGUGUGACAGCCUCUUUUCGUUUAAGGCAAAUGAGAAAAUAUAUGUCUACUAAAAUGUUACUAUAAAAGUAUAUAGAGCCGGCAGUCAGUCGACGUUAAAACGUCGAACCGUACGGUAAAGCUUUGAGCAAGAGUAUACGUUCCGUGAGAAAUUGAAUGAAUCGCACGUUUUUCUUGUGUCAUAAAUAUUGAAGAAUAUAAUACGCAAACCACGUACAGUGUGUUGAUGUGAAUUUACCGGUAUAUUUUUUCGGUUGAUUUUUUUCCCUCUGUGUCUAAAGAAGGGUCGCUGAUUUGUUUGAUAUAAUUCAAAGGGGGUUGAUGUGAUUUAAUUAAAAAAAAUAUUAUUCAAGUGGCGGAUAAUAUAAAGUCAUUCUUUGGAAACGAUCGAAAUAAAGGUGUGUGGAGUGGAGUAGUGGUAAAAAUUAACAGAAUUGAAUUCAAUUGGAAUGUAAAGUGGAUUUUAUUGGCCGAAUUUUUGUGUAAAAAAUUUAUUUUAAAAUCAGUGGAACGUUGGUGACGACUGGACGAAUACUUUAUUCGAAUUAAAGUGACUAUAUGCACAGUGUUAAUAGGCAGCUUACGAGGAAAAUUGCUAUUGAAUGGAAAGUGAAAACGAGCCCGAAUACGCCAGGAAACUGUCUGCACGACGGAAGGAUUUAAAGCCAAAAAUGACAAUGGAUCUUGCAAAAUCGGAGCCGAUAACGGCCGCCAGUAACCAGUCAAAUUCACCACAUCAAUUAUGCGCCGGAUGCGGUAAACAAAUUCAAGAUAGAUAUCUGUUAAGAGCAUUGGAUAUGUUAUGGCACGAAGACUGUCUGAAAUGCGGAUGCUGUGAUUGUAGAUUAGGUGAAGUUGGGUCUACGCUCUACACAAAAGGAAAUUUAAUGCUUUGUAAAAGAGAUUAUUUAAGACUAUUUGGUAAUACAGGACUCUGUGCAGCAUGUAAUAAAGUGAUACCGGCUUUCGAAAUGGUUAUGAGGGCAAGGAGUAAUGUAUAUCACUUGGAAUGUUUUGCUUGCCAACAGUGCAAUCAUAGAUUCUGUGUUGGCGAUCGAUUUUAUUUGUGCGAAAAUAAAAUCCUUUGUGAAUAUGACUAUGAAGAGCGAUUAGUAUUUGCAUCGAUUGGCAAUCAUCCAAUGUUGAAAAGACAUGCCAACAAUGUGUCACAAAAUCAAUCACAAUCGUCCAGUUUCAGCAAAGGAAAUGGUAUAUCAACGCACGGUAUGAUGGCCAUUGAAGCUCAGAAAUCGCAUGACGAUCACAAUAAUAAUAAUAAUAGCCAUGGACAUCCGCCUGGAUGUGGACCGAUGUAUGGUGUGUCACAUUUGAAAAUUCAGCAUAACAAUUAAGUUUUCGAUUGAUUAUUUUUCGCGUCGAAUGUUGUUGGAAGUCGUAAAUGAAAUAAUUUCGUGGAGAUGAUAAUUGACCGGUUGCGCAUUUGAUGUAUUGGAUUAAAAUUGGAAUUGUUGUUAUUGUUGUUCGCAAAUAUGUAAUCCUUUUCGACAUUUUUUUUUUGUCGUGCAGAACCAACAUUAUUAAAAACUUUCCUUAAAAUUAAAAAGAAAAUUGCACGCAAAAAAUCGUCAGAAAAUUGGAUUGAUAAUGAAAAAAAGCCAUCGGUUGAGAGGUAUCGAUCAAAAUUUCGAUUGAAUUCCACACUCGUAGCGGACAUUUCUACUUGCCAGUCAAUUUAUCGGUGUUCGAUUUUCUGUAUCAAUUCUUACAAAACAGGAAAAACUAAAUAAAAACGAUCAAAUGUUUCGGGAAUUCUUAUUUACCGGAACAAAGUCAGUAAAUCGUUUACUUCAUUUGUAUAUCUCCCAAUGUUUUAUAGAAAAUCUAUCACUUCAAUAUUUUUCCCUAUUUACAUUCCGCUAUAAAAGAACAUCAACCAGAGUUCAUCGCUUAUUAUUGUCAUCAUAAAUCAACUUUUUUUCUAACAAAAUCCUUCAAUAAGUGACAAAGUUAUUUUCUGAUCUUAUAAUGACAAACGAAUGGUCAGUCAAUCAUUAUCAAUUCUGUUACCUCUUCCGUUCGUGUUUGAUAAAAUUCUUUAACUUCGUUGGUUUUGUCAUUCAUUUUUCUAUAUAAAACCUCAUUAGCCAGAGGUGAUCAUUUGUUUUAGGCAUCGCUGUCGAUAACAUAGGCAAGACGUGCAGUAGCAGGCCAUGUCACUGAUGCUAUCUUUAGUGAGUGUAGAUCACAAGAGAAACGGGCGAAUAAAAAACAACGUUAGAUGUUCACCGAUUCGUUCCAUUCUUUGUCGAAUCGUAAUAAUUCUGAACGUGCCAGAAACUAAAUGAAAAAAAAGAACAAAACAUUUUUAAAAAGAAAUUUAAUGUCGAAAGUGUCAUUAUAAAAUUAUGGAAAUAAGAAAAUAAAUUUAAAAUAAUCUCCAAAAGAAAUUAUAGUAGGAAAUAAAAUAAAGUAUCUGGUAAAAUGCUCAGCAGCACAAAUUACCCCACCGUGUAAUGAAUGGAAAAACCAAAAAUAAAAAAUAAAUAAAAAAUUUUAAAAUAAUUUCCUCUAAGUUAUUUAUACAUUUUAAGCAAUUUAAGUCUCCGUAAUUAUUUGUACAUUUAUCUUUUUUCUAUAAAAAAAUCGAAACUUACCAGGUUAUGUUAUUUAUGUGAUAUUUGUUAAAUAAUUUUAAAUUCCUAAUAAUUAUUGUAAAUAAAAAUAAAAGUUAAAGUGUACAGUCAAUGUCAACCAAAGUGUCUAAGUUUGCUUCAAAUUGUUCAGUCUACUGCCUAUUCGUGCUUGUACCUCUUUACUACUACCAUGCGCGCGCAUAUCAAACAUGUAUGUGAAGACGCAUAAACGGUUUGGUGAACAAGUGUGAUAAAACUUAGACCCAAAUUUGGUUGACAUUAGCUGUAAAUUUAAAAAAAAAAAACUCUGAAAAUAACGGUUUGUAUGAUAAGACGACAGAGGUUGCCCAAAAUAAGAAAAUCUACUAUUUUGCAAUUUACAAUAUAAUUUUCCUUAUUACAAACUGGACAUUUAUUGAAAAUGAUUUUUAAUUUUCUUCUAUCUAAAAUUCUGAGAAUGGCACAGACGGGAUUUACGUAUUUGAAAUAUGAGACCGAACAGAAUCAAAUAAUACGAAGGCAUGUGUUCAUAUUUUGUAUUGGUGUAUGUAAUAUAAAUUUGAGUGAUAUUUGAUGGGAUGUACGUCGGGGACUAUAUUUUGGA